AACGGUGGUUUUGCCAUGUUUGCGCCAAAAAAAGCAUCGUAAUUUCUUACUUUUUCCAACAUUGAAAUCGUUAGCGCUUUUGUACAUUGCCUUUCUUUGGCUGCUUCUGAUGCUGGUCUAAAGCAAAUUAUUUCGAUGCUGUCGUGCUAAUGCCAGUGGGCCGUGGCAGUGGGUGUAUUCGACUCCCCGUUCUCCAGCUUUCUGGAGCGGACCGAGAACAGGCGAAAACGUUCCCGAGUCUUGAACGGGUGAUAAGGUGACAAGCAAUGAGUCUAAGAGAUGGAGCGUCUACGCAAUGAAGACGACAUGGAGAUCGGGGACAGUGAUAUCCAUGUAGAUGUAGACAGUCAAGACUUGAAUCCAGGACAACAGGGAGAUGGACUUCGUCAACGAUCAUUGACGGAGAGGAGGCGAUUGGCAAAGUAUGGGGCGACGCAUGAACCUCCUCUUGAUGAUGCGGUCCUCUACCCUCACGAUGAUGACCACUCUUUCUUUGCAAAGGGCCGAGACUUUGAGAGUCGCUAUGUGAACCACAAGUAUACGCAGAAGGAGAGAGAGACUUUGGCCACAUUUGAAAGUUUGGAUUACCUUCCUUCCCAUAGUGAGGUGUACAAACAGUGGCUGAGGACGCAGCCUAAAAGACUUGAUUGGGAUCGUUGGUUGAUGAUGGGAUUCAUCGGGUUCAGUGUUGGCUUUGUCGGCUUUCUCCUCCAUCAAUGUGUUGACGUCAUAUCGAACUGGAAGUGGGAGGUGGCCUCAGAGUUCGUGAAAGGCAACAACACUGUUGACAUGUUGAAGGCAUGGGGCUUCACACUCGGCUUCAGCCUACUGCUAAUUGUGCUUAGUUCCUCCCUAGUUGUGUUCUUGCGACCAAGUGCUGGUGGUUCAGGUAUUCCAGAAGUGAUAGGAUUCCUUAACGGGACGGUCGUCCGUCACAUCUUUAAUGUUAAGACGAUGUUGGUGAAGUUCGUCUCCUGUGCCUUGGCUGUGGCAUCGGGCAUGCCGGUGGGACCUGAGGGGCCAAUGAUACAUUUGGGGAGUUUGGUUGGAGCAGGCCUCAGUCAAUUCAAGUCGGACACACUCCGCGUAAGGCUGCCAUUCUUUGAACGAUUCCGCAACUCUGAAGAUCGGCGUAACUUCAUUUCUGCCGGGGCUGGUGCAGGGAUUGCCUCAGCUUUUGGGGCUCCCGUUGGGGGUCUACUCUUUUCCAUGGAGGAGGUGUCAUCUUUCUGGAACAUGAGGCUGUCAUGGCAGAUCUUCUUCUGUUGCAUGGUGUCGACAUUCACUACGGAUCUUUUCAACUCGGCGUUUGAGGCUUUCCGCUACCGUGGUGACUUUGGAUUGUUCAAGACGGACAAGUAUAUCAUAUUUCAAGUCACCCAGGGCAUUGCUGUCAACAUCAUUGCGUUCAUACCAACAGUUAUCAUCGGAAUCAUAGGGGGCGUACUUGGAGCAUUAUUUACGUUCAUCAAUUUGAAGUUUGCCCGAGGAAGGAAGAGGCUGUUGUCCAGGAUUCCAAGCGUAUGGGGACAGAAAGUGGUCAGAUUAUUGGAGCCUAUUAUAAUCAUUAUUGUUUUUGUCACUGUAUCGGUGUUCCUGCCCGCGGCCUACGGGUGUUCCCCAUUUACCUGUAGGAAUGACACAAUGACCGUGCAGAGCCCGAACUGCCUGGGAGACAAACAGCACCCCCUACAUGUGGAGAGGUCAGUCAACACCUACACUUGUGGAGAUCCUGAGUCGAAUGAAACCAGCGACACUUAUAAUCAAGUUGCCACCCUCCUUUUUGUGACUGGCGAGGAAGCGAUCCAUCAUCUGUUCUCAAGGAACACCCACCUUGAGUUUGACUACGCAGCCCUGUUCACCGUCCUUGUCUUCUACUACUUCAUGGCCUGUUGGGCCUCGGGCACGUCCAUCUCGUGUGGGCUUGUGGUGCCAAUGUUGUUGAUAGGAGCGCUAUAUGGCAGGAUGAUAGGUCUAUCCAUGGUUACAGCCUUUGGUGUCCAUACCAAAGAGGUCAGUCCCUACUGGGCAUGGAUGGAUCCAGGGGCCUUCGCUCUUGUUGGGUCUGCAUCCUUUUUUGGUGGAGUAUCCAGACUGACGAUGUCUCUUACAGUGAUUAUGAUGGAGAUCACCAAUGACAUCCAGUUCUUGUUGCUGAUCAUGGUGGCCAUCAUGGUGUCCAAGUGGGUCGGGGACUUUUUCACCCAUCCUUUGUAUCAUGCAUUGCUAGAACUCAAGUGUAUUCCCUUCCUUGAUGAAGAGCCUGUUGUAAUACAUGAUAAAAAUCAAAUUAUGAGUACUCGGUCCGAUACGGUCAACCUUGAGCUCUACCAGGCGAAGCACGUCAUGACCAAACCACCCAUUGUCCUCCAUGUGACUGAAGCGGUAGCACGGCUUGCUCACCUCCUGUUAGACACGCCCCACGGUGGAUUCCCUGUCAGUAAGAGAUGCGCUGAUGGGACAGAAAUUUUCUAUGGAUUUAUAAACAGGCUAGAAAUCAUGGUGCUAUUAAAAAAUGAAGAUAUCUUCAUAUCGGAGGAUGAGGUGUCACUGACAGACGCGCAUGACUUGUCUCCUGUCGAGUAUCACCAGCUCACACUCGACAAGCUGGAGAACCCUCACUUUGUUGAGGAGCUCCUACAUAAAUACACCAAGGAGCCAAAGUUUGAGAACAUCUACCUCGAUAUGGGACCAUUCAUUAACCAAUCUGCUGUAACCAUUCCUGAAAAGUUCUCCCUCCAUCGGACAUACAUUCUAUUCCGUACAAUGGGUCUCCGCCAUCUUACCGUAGUCGACGACCACAACCGCAUAGUAGGGAUCAUUACCCGCAAGGACUUAAUGGGCUUUAGUCUCGAGGAACACCUUGUCCCAAUUCUGCGGGAAGAAAUGAAUAAAUCUCGUACUCAUCUGGAGAUGUUGGACUCAAGAGCAAGCAUGCACAUUCCUAGCUAAUAAGUAAAAGGUAUGAUUUUCCAGGAUUCUUUGCAUGAUGUUUAUUUGCUGCCAUAGCAACAGGAUUGGGAAGGAUAUUCUGGGAUGGGAAGUGAAAUUGGACACUUAAUGGAAUAUAUUCGAAAAGUCGGAUCGAAAACUUGGUGCUUUUAGUUUUAGCUGUACUGGUGCUCAAUUUAACAGGACUACUGUAGGUGCUCUAUUUGACUGGACUAGAUUUUCAUUUUUUGGCACUUGGCUCUGCCUCUAGGAACUGGUAUCCUGAGACUUACAAGUGCUUUUUAUCAGUUCUAGGGAUAAAGAGUAAAAAGUGAUUUAAAAACUUGGUGUUCAUGGUUUGAAACUGCAGGAGGAAUCGGUUCUGCUAUCAACUCAGAAAUAUGGAUCCUUUCAGGAACGGACCCAAGACUUCCAGUUGCUGUUGCUUCAGCGUUUAUGCUUGCAUUCAUUGGCUUUCAGUGUUAUGUCCACCCUGUGGAGUCGGCUGCAACCUCUCCGAGGGUCUCCCACUCUCCGAGGCUAUGCCUGGAAACGCAAUGCCAGGAGCUAUGUUUAGGUUUUAAAUUGAUGUUGCAUCUCUGGGUUUCAGCAUUUGGACUAUAACAGUUGCAUGUACAAGAGAAAUCGUACAUUUCAACGGUUUGGAUUCAGAUGCUGAAUCUUGAGAUGCAAAAUCGGUUUGAAAGCCUUAACAUGGCUCCUUGGGUUUCGUGGCAUAGCCUUGUCACAGUGAGGAAGCUUUUGGAUGUACAGUCCAAACAAUGCCUUUGUGUACAGCCUUAGGCAGGAUAAUAUUAAUAUUUUGAGCUUCCUUAGCUCCUGAUUAUGAAUUAAAGAAUUGUAUUUCAAGUCAAAUAUACUGCUUUAUUUAAAA